CUCUCUCCCUCCCCCGAAUCUCGUCACCACAUUGCCUCCGAUCUCGUCAACGCCGCCGCCGCCGCCCGCGCCGCGGGACCCCACCUCCUACAAGCGCGCGCUUCCGUCGGUGACUAGAAACCACUCGCCGCCGUCCCAGCCCUUGUCUCGUCGGCUCCACUCGCGAGCGAGACGACGCUACGGGGAGCGGCUGCGGCGCCGGCUCCAGCAGGCGAGCGAGCUCGGCGGCGCGUAGGGAGGCCGCAGGGGAGCACGGCGAGAAGGAUCGGUGUCCGGCAGGGCGAGUGCCCGCGGCGGUGAUUCAAACUCCCUGAAUCCAAGGAACAAUAGAGUAAAGAAUCAUGAGCUCCCUCUGCCCUUUUGCGAGAGCCACCACUGGUGGCGGUGUGUGCCCUGUGAAAUCUGAUAAGAACAGCACUGGGAUAUGCCCUGCAAAAUCUGACAAGAACAGCGGCGGCGUGUGCCCUGUCACUGGCAAGAAUAACGGUACCGAGCACAAGGAUAGUACUGAGCAUGCUGAAGAAAAGAGCACAGAUCCUCGUAUGGUGCCAGCAAAAUGCCCAUUUGGCUAUGACUCCAACACAUUCAAGCUGGGCCCGCUCAGCUGCAUCGUCUGCCAGGCGCUGCUCCACGAGAGCAGCAAAUGCAAGCCGUGCUCCCAUAAGUUCUGCAAGGCAUGCAUAUUGCGCUUUAAGGACUGCCCACUGUGUGGCGCUGAUAUAGAGGGGAUUGAGCCUGACACCGAGCUUCAAGCCCUUGUUGAUCGCUUUAUUGAUGGCCAUGCCAGAAUCAAGAGAUCGCAUGCUGCAGGGGAUGGAGAAGCAACAGAUAGCAAGAACAAGGUGAUAUAUGAGGAUGUUUCCAUGGAGAGAGGAGCUUUUCUGGUGCAGCAAGCUAUGAGGGCAUUUCGUGCACAAAACAUUGAAAGUGCAAAAUCGCGGCUCAGUAUGUGUGCAGACGACAUCAGGGAGGAGUUGAAAUCUUCAGAAGAUAACCUAGACUUGUGUUCUCAACUUGGAGCUGUGUUAGGAAUGCUUGGGGACUGCUGUCGAACCUUGGGAGAUGCUCCUUCAGCAAUCUCUUACUAUGAAGAAAGUUCUGAGUUCCUCUUGAAACUACCCACAAAGGAUCUCGAGUUGGUGCAUACUCUCUCCGUUUCACUAAAUAAAAUUGGAGACCUUCGCUACUAUGAUGGGGACCUCCAAUCUGCAAGAAGUUAUUAUGCUCGUUCAUUGGAUGUUCGCAGAAAUGCUGCAAAAGAACACUCAGCAGUGGCUUCCCAGGUCAUUGAUCUAGCAACUUCUCUUGCGAAAGUUGCGGAUGUUGAUAGAAAUCUUGGGAAUGAAGGUGCCGCAAUUGAUGGUUUUGAGGAAGCGAUUCAGUGCCUUGAGAAGUUGAAGCUGGAUUCUGAACAAGCUAGUCUUGAGCAACGGCGCCUCUCAGUUCUUAAUUUUCUACAAAACCAAUUGGCAGAUAAGUAAGACACGGUCAUCCUAGGAGUGUACCCACAACAGGUGUCUUUUCUUGGUAAUGGUGUCCAGCUUCACUAUUCUUGUGAUGCCUACGGAAGGAGUUGCUCUAGAAAUGGUGAUUAGUGUGUGUGUGUACAACCACUUGAAAGUUUGUAUCGACACCAAAUAAGUACUCUAGCAUUGUAAAUGUAUCUCGUGUACUCUCUGCGAGGAGAGUACUCAUGAUGUCUGCCAAUAUGCUCCAGUAAACCUGGCGUCGAGCCCUGUGGUUUAUCUGUGUACGUAAGAUGAAACUUGUGGGAAGCUUCUUCUUGCUUACCGUGUCAUGUGUGAACGAAAAUCCCGUUGUAUAUUGACGAUAAGGCAGGGAAAUACUAAAGCACGGCGUUUUGUUUCUUUUA